ACUAGUUGACAUUUCUUUUAUGCAUACCUGUCUUUUUGCAGCUUGCAGUUUGCUGAUGGAGAUCAGUGUGUUAUGUAUGACGAUCAACUGAAGUACAACAUUAAACUUUAGUGCCUUGAGUAAGAAGUACAUAAUAACACAAUAAAGAUUAUAAGAUUCUAGUUAAUGUUUCUAACCUUAGAAAAUUUGCAGGCUAUCUUACCUUUUCUUUCUUGGCUCUUUCCUCUUUAACAGUUUGAAUAGUUCUUUCCGUUUCAAUGUUGUUAGGCUUGGUUCCUCAGAUCACAUGAAUACAAGAAGUGUAGCUCAGUUUCCAGGACUAUCUUCCACUUAAGGUAUCUUUUUAACGCUCACUGGACUUGGAUCAAAAGUUUCCAUCAAAAGAUGUCAGUCUACAUUAAUGCUUUUACAGAUUAUCUGGCUGACACAUGGAAUAAAACUGAAACUCUUAUCUAGCCUUUGGACUGAUCUCAUAAUAUCUCCAGAAAUUGUGGUGGUUCUUACUCGUGUCUCAACUUCAGGAAAGAAACGGACAUCUGACUUGUAACAAUUAACAAACCAGUAGGUUCUUCCCCUCCUACUUUCUUUUUUGCGGUGUCUCUCUUUAAAAAAACGUAUGCUUGACAGAUAUCUUGUCAGUCGAUACCUUGAGGUCUCUGCUAUCCUGGCACAACAGCAGCUUCUUCUAUGCCACGUGCUGUUGACAAACAUGGCGUGCCUCUUCACUCCAUCUCCACCUGCUCCAUAGCUCAACACAAAUGUUCUUUUAGCCUUUCAUACUUGUGCAUAAAGCUGUUUACACACUAUUCUUUAAAAAUCUGCUUCUGUUAGGGACAUGAUGCCACCCUCUACUCCUAAAUCUCCUUUACUAGAAGAAGCUCAUGAAGAUGGAAGGUUUAAAUGCUACAGGGGUGUCAGAAAGAGGUCGUGGGGCAAGUGGGUGUCUGAAAUCAGAGUUCCAAGGACUGCAAGACGAAUAUGGCUAGGUUCAUAUGAUGAUCCAGAGAAGGCAGCUCGAGCUUAUGAUGCAGCGUUGUUCUGCAUUAGGGGUGAGAAGGGAGUUUUCAACUUUCCCUCUAGUAAAAAGCCUGAGCUUCCUGAAGGCUCUGUCCGGCCUCUGUCCAAGCUUGACAUACAGACAAUAGCAACAAACCAUGCUUCAUCAGUUGUGUCUGUGCCUUCCCCUGCCACACCAAUCCCGGAGACAGAUCAGGUUUCUGCAUCCCCGGAUGCAUCUGUUUCUACUGAGAUUAUGGAGAUGGCCGAUGAACAUUAUCUCCCAGUGGAUGCAAGUGUAGAAUCAAUAUUCUCAGUAGAAGACUUGCAUCUGGACAAUUUCCUCAUGAUGGACAUUGACUGGAUAGACGAUCUAGUCUGAUGCUUGCAGUCACUUUUAGCUGUAAUAUGGUUUAACCAAUAGUUACUUCUGUCCCUCCAGCUACAUAUUUUGCGAGUAUAUACAUGCAUACUUGUCUUUGAACUUGUUAUGUUUAGCAUGCAGUUUAUUUUUCCCUU